GUAAAGAGGAAACCGAAUAAACUGAUCGUACCGUACCGGAUCUAUUUUUAUUACCAUAAAAUUUAGUCAACAAUUAAAUAACUAUUCUUCGAAUCAUGUAUAUAAUAAUAGGAAUCAUAAUAUUUGCUAUCAUACUUGGUUUAGCCUUUGCCGUAUAUUAUUCUUCAGAAAAACAAACUGUUUAUACCGAUUUGAAAGGUAAACAUGUACUUGUGACCGGCGGAUCCAGUGGCAUCGGCAAGGCUGCAGCAGUGGAAGCAGCCAGUUUGGGGGCCCACGUCACAGUUAUUGGUCGAGAUGUUACCAAACUGACCUCAGCAGUUACUGAGAUAAUCGCAAAACGUACGGAUAAAGAGCAAAAAAUACAAUAUGCGGCCUUGGAUGUAACGUCAGAUUACAACGCGAUAUCAAAAUGUUUGUCCGAAUUAGAGACUUCUGUGGGUCCAAUUUUUAUGCUAAUCAAUUCUGCCGGGAUGUGCAUUUGCGGGGAGUUCGACAAAAUGAAGGUGGAGGAUAUUAAGCAGAUGAUUGAUUUGAACUACUUUGGCACGGCAUAUCCUACAAGAUAUGUCCUACCUGGAAUGAAGCAGAGGCGUGAAGGGAUUGUCGUAUUCGUAGCUUCGGAAGCUGCACUGCUUGGCAUUUAUGGCUAUAGUGCCUACAGUGGUGGUAAAUGGGCAGUUCGAGGCUUGGCUGAAGCUUUAUUUAUGGAACUGCUAGGCACAGGAGUGCGCCUUACACUGGCAUUUCCUCCGGACACGGACACCCCUGGCCUGAAGAAUGAGAACUUGACAAAGCCGAAGGAAACUAUGCUGAUAUCUGGAAGUGGUGGAUUACAGUCGGCGGACAUGGUUGGCAAGAAAAUGAUUCAUGAUGCUUUGAUUGGAAGAAAGUAUUCAGUGUUCGGGUUCAGCGGCAACAUGAUGUCUCUCCUAUUCUGCGGGUCCAUAGACAGCUUGAGUCAGAUACUGGUGCAAAUAUCCUGCAUGGGGCUCCUACGGACCAUCAUGCUUGUUCUCUUCGCCUGCGUGGCGUCAGUCUACCAGGCUGCAGGCAUCAUCGCUCCUGUCGCCUAUGGCGGCUACCCCUACAACAACUAUCCGGCCCAACCUGCUAUCGCCUCGCAACAGUCCAAUAUUUUGAGGUCGCCUUUUAACCUUGGACAAAUAUCAACAUACUCAAAGGCAAUUGACACACCUUUCUCAAGCGUGCGCAAGUCCGACGUGCGCGUCAGCAACCCUGGGUUAGCGGUCGGCAGGCUCGGCUUGGCACCGGCGUACCACGGCCUGCCCGCGUAUCAUGGCUUAGCGCCAGUGGCCACGGCGUAUCAUGGGGUAGCGGCGCCACUAGUCUCUCAUGUCGGCGUCUCCCCGUACGCAGCUCCUGUUGCUAAAGUGGCGACAGCAGGCGGACUUCUCGGCGUAGCAUAUUCCGCAGCCCCUGCCGUCUCUCACAUGACCUACAGCAACGGACUAGGCUUAACCUACGCUUGGUAGACCUACGCUAUGUAAAUUAUGUUCGAACUAUGACUGCUGUGCGGUAAAAUUAGAUGAUAAGUGAGCUCAAAGAUUCCUCUUAAUUUAUUACCUGAUAGUUGUAACAUAAUAACUUAUUAUUUAAUACAUACUUAUUGAAUUUA